AUGCAGCCAGCCGAGUGCGAGGGCCCGCCGUUGCAGACGGGGGAUUUCUGCGAUCCCUUUCUUUCGAUCGGGGCUUCAGAAACCUCCAGUUCUUCGGCUUACAGGCAUAACGAUGCCGUGCAAAGGAUUCUUUCAUUUUUCCACAGUGUCCCAGGUGACCCGCUCCCAGAGGGCAAGCAGGCCGCCGAGGGCCGCUGCUUCACAACAGGCUCUUUCGUUAGGGGGUCCUUAGUCGGGUUGAGGGCAAAUAGCCGUUUGCAUCCCGAGUUCACGAGGACUCUGUGUGAGUUUGUCAACGCCGAAGCACACCCGGAGUUUAUGUACAGCACCAUCGCCAUUUUCGAGGAACUUCCCGUAGGCCGUCACAGAGACGCCAACAACCUUCAGAAUUCACUUAAUUUUGUUUAUCCGCUUACGCAAUUUUCAGGUGGCCAGGUUCGCUGCUAUCCACCUGACGCGCCAUCACCGAGGGUCCUUUCCUUCGAAGGGGGCCCAAUUUACUUCGAUGCCAGAUCAUGCGAGCAUGACGUGUGUCAGUGGAGCGGCCACCGCACCGUGUUGGUUGCCUUCAGCACUCGUGGUGUAGGCGACCUGCCUGCCAAGGAUCGCAACUUCUUGUGCAACCUCGGUUUCAGGCUGCCCGUUUCAGGCUUUACCAAUCUGCACUUGCAAUCCGACUUCGACUGGGAGCCGGACCCGGCUGUGACCCCGUCCGCCGCAACUUCUGCUGCACAGCCAGUGCCAUCAACAAUCGGCAUUUUGCCGCCCCCCCCACAGCUACCGCUGCCUUCCCCUUCGCCCCGUAGUCCGAGCGAGCCCUCAGUCUCGCCUGCACCAUGUGGCGCACCAUCCUUCGAUGCUUCGGCCGCCGGAGCCAAACCUGCUUUCCCACCCGCCCCUCCUGCAUCUGGUGCCAGCCCGAGUCAGCUGACUCCUUUGUUCGUCGAGGUCUUCGCUGGGUGUGCCAGGCUGUCUUCUACCUUUGCCGCCGCAGGUUUUCAAGUGCUCGCCGUCGACGGGCCGCGCAACAAGCAUUCGCCUCUGCAUCAGGUGUGGACUCUCGAUCUGACCGUUCGGCAUUGUCAGGACGCGCUUGUGAAGCGUCUCCUGGCUGUAGCAUUGGACUUGCUUCUUGAAGAAUUCUGCUCUGACAGCGUCGCUGCCUGGCUAACUACGGACCUUGCUGCAUCAAUCUGGUUACAGAGUGACUCCCUGGAGAUUCUUAUAUCGGCGGUGGACGUGCUAUCGUACAAUUCAGCGCGCCAGUUGGUGCUCUGGACGGCAGUACAUUACCCAGCUGUUUUUGAGGAAUUUCAACGCAGUGAGCACUCUGCCUUUUUUUGCUCUCCGCUUACACAGACAAAGCAGUUGGAUCGUGUGAUCCGGCGCCAGUUUUACAUCAUGGAGGCUUGUUUUCAGCGUGGUAGUCAAGCUAUUUGGGAUGACGAUGUGCUGGAGCGGGAUUUUUUCCUUUCACGUAUCGCAGCAGAAGCGAGGGUUGGUGGGCAAGCCGUGAGCCCACCUGGAGUCUCAUCGUCUCUUCGAGGGCAGAACUCUCUGGAGGCAAAGCAUAUCGGUGGACAUGAUCUAGCAAUUGCGCGCAGUGAGAGACAGCGUUCUGUCUUGAAGAGAAGCUUACAGCGCGCGCGUAAGCGUGCGCAGGAACAUGGGCAAACCAUGUACAAGGGUCGUUUGGUCACAAGUCAUGACAUUGGGCUCCCUGGAGAGGCCCACUCGGUGGGCGUUCGUUGCUUGCGGCAGCGCCAGGUGCCCCGAGAAGGAAUCACAAACUCCAUCAAAGAUUUGCUGCCUGCUUGGCCGCCGCUCCAGGCGGAUCUUGAAGCUCGCUGCAAGGUGCAGGUGAGGCGAAAUCAGCUGGUCAUUCUGACCUUGAAUCUGGGGGGUCUGACUAAACCGGGAUACGACGAGAUUCAGCAGUGGCUUCACUCUCCACAGGUUUGCAUGCAAGUGCACAUAGUGAUGUUGCAAGAAACGUGGAGGCCUUCGGCAGAUUUUGUUGCUGGUCAGUGGACGUGGAUUCAGUCAGGGCCUGUGAAGUCGUCACACCUAGGAGUUGCUGUGUUAAUCAAUCGGAGACUUGCCACUUCCAAGGAACUACGCACAGCGGAGCCUAUCAAGGGCCGCAUCCUGCGUGUGCUCAUCCCUGCAGCGGCUUCUCAUCCGCUCAGGCGCCGACCCAUCACAGUCAUAAGCGUUUACCAACAGGCUAGAAGUUCUGAGCAGCACGAAAUCUAUCAAAAACGCGAGAAGGUUUGGAGCAAACUCAAUCAGGUCACAGCCUCGGUUCCCUUGAGACACUGGAUGAUCAUCGGUGGUGAUUUCAACACGCCGCUGCAGUCGCAUGAAUCUUGUACUGGUCAGGGAUUGGUAUCGUCUGCUGUCACGCCGGCUGAUCAUGAGCAGUUUGCUCAAUUCUUACUGGCCCAUCAGUUGUGUGCUCUCAACACUUUCUGCAGUGCUGCGGAUGCGGCCACAUAUGUAGGGCCUGAAAUUCGCACCCAGAUUGACUUCCUACUGUGUCGGCGAUCGCAGGCAGGCCGAACCGGUCGGCAAGCCACUCCAAUUCCGCAGAUCCGCCUGUCGGCUUGGCGCACUGGGGCUCAGCAUCUUGUGGUCGGUGCCAUCCUCACUGACACUAGGUCGGAAUGGUCCAGGCAAGCCCUCCCUGAACGACUCGUUCAGGCACGACCUGAUGUGAACAGGAUGACAAGUGAACUUCAGCACUCCUCUGCAGCCAGACAGGCCUAUCAUGAUUGUGUGCGACAGCGCAUGCCUGCCACUAUCAGCUCUGAGAGCGACCUCAUGCUUGUGGACCAGGCACUGCACCGAGCCGCAUGUCAGCUGUAUCCAUCCCAGCCCGUUAGUGCACCGCGAGCGUGGGAAACGCCGGAGGUUAGGCUGUGCCUGCGCAAUGUCUGGCAAGCGCGCGAGCGUCACCUUGCACUGAUGCGCACCGCCGGGUGUCAUGUCAGGGAUCUUUGGGAAUGCUGGAAAAGCCAUGUGUCCUACCAUCGUCAGGUACGGGAGCUCCGCAGGCAAAGCAAUCACAAGCGGCGUCAGCUUUGGAGCGAGCAGCUUGAGCGAGCUGAGGCUGCUCUGGACCGGAAUGACAGUCAUGCUUUCUAUAAGGUAGUCAAGCAGUUGGCACCACGACAGCCCAGGGAGCGUGUGCAGCUUCGGGAUGACCACGGUGCAGUGUUGUCGGUUGAGGCCGAGCAGGAUGCCAUGUUGCAGCAUUGGACCAAGGUGUUUGAUCAUCGUAGCAUUCCUGUUCAGGACUGGGUUCUUUCUGAAGCCUUGGAUGUCAGCUGGGAUGAGGCGUGCAAGGCGAUGCGAAAGUUGUCGGCACGUAAGGCUGUUGCGCCAGGCUGUGCGCCGGGUGCGACUUGGAAGUAUGCGCCAGAUGAGGUGGUAGAUUGUCUGCAAGCAUACAUGCAAGAUGUCUGGUCUCAGGGGGUGAUUGACUUAGAUCCUCGCUUAGCUAGGGCGCGGUUGCACUUUCUGACCAAAGCCGGUCGGUUGUGUCGCAAACCAGGCGACUUGCGGCCCAUUGCCCUCCAGCCGUCAGCUGGUAAAGUGCUGAGUAUUGUACUGUGUGCCAGACUCCAACCACAUGUCGAUGCGCUGGCACAGGCAUGGCCUCAAUUUGCAUACCUGCAGAGACGAGGCACCGCUGAAGCAAUCACUCGUGUUGUUGCCCAUUGCAGUGCCAUUCGGGCCCAGCUAAAGGAGCAACAGCGGGACAUUCAUGCGAGGCAUGCUGGAGUCCAAGUUAAACCCUUUGUCGGAGGGGCUCAACUGUCAAUCGACAUGAGUCAAGCCUUCAAUCUCAUCCCAAGGGCGGAGAUGUGGCGUGCCUUGAUCUGGGCUCGUGUUCCGGAACCGCUUGUCCAGGCCAUUAUGCAGCUCCAUGAGUGCAGCAGCUACCAGUUGGGCCGCUCAGGUGAUGAAGACAAGGUGGCACACAUUGCUGUGACCCGAGGGGUGAAGCAGGGUGAUGUCAUUGCCCCGGCACUAUGGGUUGUAUACUCCUGCUACGUCUGUUUUCGCACUGAUGAACUCUUAGGUGCGUCGUGGUGCGAUGAACAUGCCACUAUCUUUGCUGAUGAUCAUCACUUCAGUUGGACACUUGGAUCCUUUCACGAUGGGGAGAUCAUGUGUGAUCAGAUUCAGGCCAUCUUCACUCUGUAUGCCUCGCUUGGUCUCUGUAUCAAUCCUGAAAAGUCUCACAUGUUGGUUGCGGUCAAAGGCCUGGAGGCGGCGCGAUGGCUUCGCAAGCGUAGGGUCAAGCACAAGACUGAUGCAGGUCACUGUGUGCGAUACAACAUGUACACCAAAGCGUCCCUGCCUCUGCAUCAGCAAUUCCCGUAUCUAGGGGUCGUACUGUCGUACGGCAACUACGAGGACCUUACCCUCAAGCAUCGUUUGCAACAGGCCAACCUGCAUCGCAACCGUUUGGCGAGAAUCUUGCAAGGACGGGGGGGCUUAUCGCUUGGUCGCCGACUGCGCAUCUGGCAUGUGUGCGUCCAGACUGCCCAACUUUACGGGUUGUUGGCCGUUGGUCUAACGACUUGGGGGUAUCAACAACUGCACAUCCAAACGCUGAAACACUUGAGAGCCUUGGCGCGCUCCCCACGUCAUCUCACGCAGGAAUCGGACAGUGCCUUUAUGCAGCGCCUCUCCAUCGAGGUGCCUCUCCUCAAGCUUCAGCGUGGGGCACGGCAGUGGUUGGAGCGCCAUCAGCAGGAUCAUCCGUUUCCCUGUUAUGCUGUUGCUGCGGUUUGUGCGCGCGCUCAGUGUGUCCUUGCAGAGCUAUCUACGCUGCAGCCCAAACGGCACAGGUCUUCGGAUCAACCGGCUCAGGAGGGCUCGCAAGCCCCUGAUGGGACUCAGGCCUCGCAUGCAGCUGCCACUUUGGUUGAGCUGCCGUCCAUGCAGUCAGUCUAUGAAUGUCAGGAGUGUGGACAAACCUUUCCCACAUUACACUUGCUGAAAACACACGAAGGAAAACGUCACAAGCUGCAGGCACCAGUUCGUCAUUUUGAUGCCACGGAUCGGGCCUCAUACUCCAAGGAGGGGUUGCCCAUUUGCCGGUUCUGUGAUGCCAAAUUCACGAAAUGGGGUUGUCUCCAGAGGCAUCUGAAGAGAAAUGGUUGCCCGGCACUUCGCAGGCAGGCUGACCGAUCCGAUGAUGCUCCUUCAGUUACAGCUGCUCUGCCCUCAGUUCCCUCGGUGCCAUCGGCUGCCUUAUGUGGGGUGCAGGAUUCUUCAGAACCUCAGCCGGGUCUGAAUGCAGGUGCUCAACCGAAGACCCCGAUCUGGCAUAGCAUGCCGCAGAUUGGAACUGAGUCUCCGGAUCAGCCUGUGAUACAGUGGGCCAAUGUGCUGGCUUUGCCUGCUCCUAGGCGAUGGACCGAUCUUGUAGCUGUGCCUGGUGUUGUGCAGAAAUUGAAGCAUCAUUGCUCGAUUUGCGGUCAGUGGCUAGCCACCUCAAACCAGAUCAAACGGCACAUUCGUCAGCAACAUCCUGAAAUCAUGCAAAGGCAUGAGGCCAUGCUCGUGCAUGCAGGCAAGCAGUGGGCUCGAUCGUGCGUUAGCCCGUGUUCCGCGGACGCAGCUCAGGCGUCAGCUCAGGCGUCCGUCCUAUUCGGACAUCUGCUACCGGCAGCCUCGAAGCUAGCCGAGAUAGCGGACAUGGAUGCGGACCUCCCCAAUGCCAAACGGCCCAGGGAGAAUGCCAAGCCGGGAGCUCCCGGACCCAGGAAGGGGAAUCAUCAGGGCGGCAAAGGCCGCGGUCGCGGUCACCGACAGUGGGGACGGGGAGGAGGGCAGGGACCCAAGAUCUCGGACGGUACUUCCUUGGAGGAAUUGGUGCGCCUCAUGGCGCAGGUUCUACUUCGGCAAGGAGAUCAGUUACAGCGCCUGUCCUUAGACACCGGAUUCUUCCUGAUUCUUCAGACCCCUCCGCAACCAGGCUCGAUCACCAACACGAUGUUUCGGGUCACUUCGGCUUGGAAGAAGUUGAUGAAGGAAACCCCGGAAAAGCUCGACCGGCCUCUCCGCCAGCACAUGAUCGAAUGCCUCUUCCUCGAGCUUGCGGCACGGGCUCAGUUGGUUCGGAAACCGGAGGCGAAAGCAGAGGCACAGCAACUGGGCAUCAUCAACGACAAAGGCGACUGGAACUACCGGAUCUGGAACGCCACGAGCCAGAAGUUGGAAGUCGACCAAAAGCGAAUGCCCCUGAAGGCGGACACAUUCCUGGAGCAGAUCGACAAAGCCACGGCGAUUGUGCGCCGACCGGAUGUGAUCACCCGCUUUCAGGCCAUUGCCCCGCUCUCGGAGACGACGGAGAACGCCAGCAUUCCAUUUCUGUUGGACCUCAGUCUGAGGGAGCAGGAGCUUCACAACAUCAUGUUGGACUGGUGCGAGCUGGCGGUCUUCGAACUGCUAGCAGGGCUGCUUCAGCCCAUCUGCUAUGCUGGGCACAGGUUCGCAUGCACCCACCUGGGGCAGGUGCUCAGAUCUGUGCAAAAUGCUAAAGUGUCGAAGGCCCUCACCCUGCGCAACUUGACUGCGUGGUCCAGCUUGGCAGAUCAGUGGUCGGAGCCCUAUCGGCAGCAUGACGCGGCCGAGUUCUUGCAGCAUGUUCUGAGUUCGGUCGACUCCGUCCUCGCUCUCAGUCCAUGGGAGGCUUUUCCGGAUGGGGAUGAUGGAUCACUCACGCGUGAUCGGGGCUCUGGCGUUGUCCUCAUUCCCAUGCGUAGACCAGAUCAACAAUUGCAUCCGGACAUCCAGGCCAGUGUGGACGACUGGCACCAGCAAAGGCACCUUCAUGCGUUUCGCUCAGAUGCCGAGUGGGUUGUACUUCAGCUUGACCGUUUUAAGGGUCGUGGAGUCUUUCAGGUUCGUGACAAUGCCGCGCUGCCCAUUCCGGGUCGCCUAUGCUUGCCAGUGUGCACCUCUCGGCAUGCCGUGCAUCAUCAGAUUUAUCACACCACAGCUGUGGUGUUGCACUAUGGUGCUCAGGUGUCCUCGGGGCACUACCGUGUUUUACUGAUGGGGCAGGGGUUGGGGAAUGCCGGUGCAAGUGCUGUGCAUUACAUCACAGAUGACGACCGUCAGGCUGUGCGUUGUGGAACAUCCGAGCUUGAAAAUUUGGCGUCCCGAAGCUACUUGCUCUUCAUGCAACGUGCGACGCAGCCUGUCCUGUCGGGUGAUGCGCUCCAUGCCUCGCUUGAUGUGACUGGCCAUGCAUUGUCUUCAGUGUCACAUGCGGCGGAUGCCGUGAUGACAUGUGGUGCUGCUGGGCAUUUGCACUCUCCUGGGCAAGCGCAGUGUGGUGAGACAUGGCAGCGUGUACUUUUGGGCAUGCCGGCUUCCUUGAUUCUUUCAGAUGAGACUUUGGCGAUGUACUUGGUCAUUCGUGGUAUACAGAUUUAUAUGAUUCGUGAUGCUGGUAUCCGUAUCUAUUUUGAGCAGUUUCCGGCGGGCUUGGAGCAUCGUCAAGCCAUCACUCGGCAGAUACUUGAGGAACUUGAGGGUGCUGAUAUGUGGCACCAGCUUGCAUUCUUUCGUUUGAUGCUGGAUGGAGAUCAUAAGGAAGAUUUCUUCGAGAUGGCAUAUACACUUAUUCUACAUCGCAUGCGGGAGGACCCUCGGCCGUUCCACUUGCUUGUUCGCGAAAGUGAAUACUCAUGGGCCUGGGACGAUGCUCUGGCCUCUGAUGAGGCCAGACUGCUCUCCGCUGCUUCGGAUGUGGCUUCAGAUGGUGACCGCUUGUGCAUCCCUGAUCCCGUGUUCAGUGUCUCGACUUUGCUUUGGGCUGGUGACAGCCUCUUUGCUUUGUACAGCUUCUCUACCAUUGCAGCUUGCUUGCAAUCUUUUGCAACUUUCACGAAUUUUAGCUGCACUGCAGCCGGAACGAAGUUCUGUUCGUGUCACGUAAGAUGGAUCCAACCUGUCUGCGCUUCAAAGUCAAAAAAAGUCACUGGCUCCCGGGCACGGGAGCGCCCUCUGCCUGCACACCUCUUGGCGGCUGGGGCGCCGCAGCCAAAACCAUUGCGUUCCAGUCAACACGUGCUUGGCCUGCCAGAUCUCUGCCCCAGCGACGAGGCCCGUGUGACUUCGGCUAAUCUUCUCUCAGAGUUCACAAUUAGGCUGCUUGCAUUGUGCCAUGAAAAAGGCUGGCAUGUCUCUAUCGAGAAUCCGGUCAGGAGCUGGAUGUGGUCUGUGCUGGCCCACUUCACUCGCCAGCUCAAAUCCCCGGCCUUAGCAUCCUUCUUCAACGACCUUCACACUGUCGAUUAUGCACAAUGCAUGCUUGGGGGUGCUAGGGAUAAGGUUUCACGGCUGCUCACCUCGAUGCAAGCCUUGUGCCCACUGGCUUGUGAGUGCGAUAAGAAGCAUACUCAUUUGCCCUUUGCAGUGGCUCGUGCAGCAGGCCGCUGGACCUUCGCUACAGCUUCCGAGGCCGAGUAUCCUCCCCAGUUGUGUGAUACUUUCUGUCGUCUUGCGAGUAGUUCUCUGCCCUCGUGUCCCACACCCCUACCUAGGCCCACGGUGCGGCAGUCUCGCCGCGCACCGCAGUUAAUCCCCGAGUUUAAGGAGUUCCGGGAUUCUAGGCCUGCCCAGGGUGAGUUUCGCGAGCUUGUACGUGACAAGGGCAGCGACGGAAGCUGCUCAACUUUCGGCAUCUUUCACACAAAGCAGGAGUUCACCCACAAGGCCCUUAAGCUUGAUCAUCCCUUCGACGACGCAGCGGCGAUUGACGACAGCACAAGAAGGAACAUUUUCGAUCUCCUUACCAAAGGCCUUUCGUCUGUUGCUCAGAAGCGCAUCAAUGCCAUAAAGAAGGUGAAUCAGAUGGCGAAGGAGCUCUCAGUGGAGGAAGCAAGGUUUCAAGCUUCGUUACCACAGCACGCUCAGGAGGUCUUGAAAGGCAAACGCAUACUGCUGUGGAGAAAGCUGUUGCAAGAAACUGGAUUCCCAGAUUUUUCGGUCAGUGAGCUCAUGGAGGGCGUCGACCUUGUCGGCAAACCGGCCAAGUCACCUCUGUUCGAGUGGAAAGAGGUCCCCGCGACUUCUUCCGUGCAAGAUCUCCUGGACUCAUCUGUUUGGCGUAAUCACGCGCUUCAGAAGUCGCCUGAUGUCGGCGACUCGGGCGAUCUUACGAGCAAGCUUUGGGAAUGCACUAUGCAGGAGGUUGAGAAAGGUUUUCUCAGGGGGCCAUUCCAGUCGGAAGAACAAGUUCGUGCAGCGCUUGGUGAAGAAGCCGUCUGCUGCACCCGGAGGUUCCUUGUCGUCCAGGGUAGUGCUGAGAAUCCGAAGUUCCGGCCCAUUGAUGAUUUUCGAGAAAGUGGCAUCAACGCAGCCUUUCAUUCCCUUGAUCGCCUGCGUUUGCACGACGUCGACUUCUUCAUAACCUUGUGCCGUUUCAUUUGCAAUGCUGUGGACGAGAAAGGAGUAGUUGUGGUGUUCCUCAGAAACGGAGAACAACUGCGAGGGAAGCUCAGCCCGGAUUUUGGGCGAGACUGCGGAUGGGUAGGGCGGUGUCUCGAUUUGGAGAAAGCUUAUAAGCAGGUACCUUUGGCGUCACAGAGCCUUAGGCUGGCGGUACUCCUCGUUCGAGAGCCGCUCACGAAUGCUUUUCGCUUCUUCGUCAGUAACUCCCUGCCGUUCGGGGCGUGCGCAGCUGUAUACAGCUUUAACCGCAUAAGUCGUAGCUUACUUCAUCUUGCAACCACUCUUUGUGGUGUUAUUGGCGGCGUAUUUUAUGAUGAUUUUCCUUUAAUUGAACCGGCACUGACCGCCAGGCUGUGCUCUGUUUCAAUUGAGGCGCUGCUUGACAUUCUCGGGUGGCGGUACAGUCGUGACAGCGAAAAGGACAAGCCGUUCGCUAGCCAGUUCAACUUGUUGGGAGUCCAGCUCUCUCUUGACUCUCUUCAUCUUGGCAGCAUCGCCCUGGAAAACAAGCCAUCGAGAGUUGCAAAGCUUCUGCUAGUCGCGCAACAGAUGUGUGCAAGCGGCGAACUCUCGCGAGCAGAGGCCAUGUCUUUGCAGGGGCAGCUCAACUUCAUGGUGGGCUUUGCGUCAGGUAGGUCGCUCAAGCUUGUUUGCCGAGCACUUUCGAACCUAGUCUACUCCAACCGAGCCUGGACGCGAGACGAGGUCAAGCAACUGGGAGGUUACCUUGAGGGUUGUCUCGAGGCUCUUGCGCCAAAGUCGAUGUGCUUGAAAGGGGGCUCACGGCCCCUCGUGAUUUUCACUGACGCCGCCUAUGAGCAAGGGGUUGCUACUUGCGGUUUAGUGGUUCUUGAUCCCGAUUCGGGUAGGCGCGAAGUUGCUGGGGGUCAAAUCCCCUCUUCCUUGAUAGAGCUGUGGCACCAAGACACAGAGGAUCAGAUUAUCGCUCAGGCCGAAGCGUUUGCUAUGGUGAUUGCAAGGGAUUAUGCAGCAACCUUCGCAAAGGGCCGUAGGGCCUUCUUCUUCGUUGAUAACGAGUCCGCACGAUAUUGCAUGAUCCGCGGUAGCAGCCCCGUGAGAGCGCUGCUGGCGCUGGCUCACGCGUUUUAUGCAAGCGAGUGCAGAGACCAACUUAUCACUUGGAUUGAGCGUGUGCCAUCGGCAUCUAACGUCGCAGACCUCCCCAGUCGCGGCGAGUGUGCGGCUGCAGCCAAGAUGGUAGGAGGGCGUGUCAUCAACAUUGACAGCAUUGUGAAAAUCGCUGCUCAGCGGUGCUCGGAUACCAGCGCUCUGCCUUGGAGCCUCCUGGCGUGCCACUUCAAGGGCCCUGUUCCCGCCUUUCACUUCUCGUGA